AUGUUCAAAAAUCGUUCAAAAUCAGGUUUAAAAAGCGUAUCAGUACCGUUCUUAGGAACAAUUUUCAUUGAAUGUGGAAAAGACUUAGACUACGAUGACAACGUCGACGAUGACGAGAAAGGCCGUAAGCAUCAAUCAAAUCGAAUAGAUUUUUUCUUCGCUUUGGACCUUUUUUUUACUCACAUCCUAGUGCUUAAGAUGAUGAAAUCUUCCAUUUCAGAGUUGAGCAACAUUCAUAAAGAAUGUUUACAUCGUGAUAGCUUCGAAAAAAAAUUGAAUAGAAUAGAAAGAGCAGUCUUAUUAGGUCAACUCAAACUGACACGGAUUUUAUCGUCAGCAUUACUCAUCUUUGACUCCGGAAACUGUCAAGGGAAGCAAGCAAAAAAACGAAACGCCCGCGAAAAAAUGACAAAGAACAAAAAUCCUAGGGACGAUAAUAAAGAGAAAAUGAUUAGUUUCAUGGCAAUUUUGAUUUACUGA